AUGACUGCAUCACUCACCUGUGGCAAAGCGGUUGUUGAUUCGAUAGUCGGCAUUCGUAUUGCUCCAUCCCAACAACGGAACAUUAAAAUAUGUUUAAAUAUUGAAUCACAAGUACCCAAUGGGAUGCCAUUGUCAUUUCAAUUACAAUUUCUAAUUAUUUCUCAAACAGAUAAAAGAAUUAUUUAUUGGACUAAAGUCACGGAUCUAAUUUCAAUAAGUAACAAAAAUUUCGAUGGCGUGUAUAAAUUUACAUUCGAAGAUUUUGACACCACUGUGCAAUAUGCAAUGGCAAUUCCUCCUUUGGAACCAUGUCAUCCUCAUAAGUGUCCCAUUUUAGUGGCUUUGCAUGGUGCUGGUGUCGAAACUCAAUCUGAAUUUUGGACAGAUGCUUAUAAAAGACAAAAAAACGCAUGGGUUCUUUUUCCUACCGGAAGAACACCAUGGGGAUAUGAUUGGCAUGGUCCUAGCUUAAAGAAUAUUCAAAAGACAAUAACAACAUUGGAAAAAUUUAUGCCAGGUGUACCAAAACUUCUAAAACAAUUUUUCUUGCCAGAUGCUAAUAGGCUAUUCAUCUCUGGUCAUUCCAAUGGUGGACAAGGUGCAUGGUUUUUUAUGACUCACUUUCCAGAUUCAGUGAUAGCAGGAACUCCGGCUGCCGCAUAUACUAAAAUUCAGAGUUAUGUACCUUAUUAUUGGAAUAGCGAUGCUCAUAUAGAUCCCAUUCUUAAAGGAAUUCUUGAAUCUUCAAUUGCUGAAUAUAAUAACGAUUUGCACACUACAAAUGUUAACAUCCCAAUAUUAGCAAGAGUCGGCUCGGACGAUGAUAAUGUCCCGCCAAUACAUUCUCGUAUGCUUGUCCGUCUUGUUGAUGAACAUUCUGGAGAUCCAAAAGCAAUCAGAUUUUCUGAAAUACCUGGCCAAGGGCAUUGGUUUAAUAAUGUUAUGAGCGGUGAUGUGAUGCAAGAGUUCUUGGAUGAACAUUUACAUUUGAAUAGAAGUAUUUUAUGCCCUACGAAAUUUACUAUUACCUUAUUGAACCCUGCAAGCUUUGGUGGUAAAUGUGGAAUUCAGAUUGAACAAUUAAAAAUUCCAUUCAGAUCAAUAUGGCAUAUCAAAACCUCCAACAUUCGUAAAUUUAAAUUUGUAAAUAAUUUAAAAUUUCAUGCUGAAAGUCUAAAUGCAAGAAAAAUUAUAAUUGACGGGAAAAAAUUUGACUACAAUAAUUUUCUAUUGGAUGGAUACUUUCGACAAAAUAAUAAUAAAUGGCAGUUUCGUAGCGGUUGUUCGUGGCACAAAAAGGAAAAGCAUCCAGCGACUUAUGGUCCUGCGAUAACAAUUCUUGAAUCUACGCAACCGCUAAAAAUAGUUAUUGGAACCAUUAAAAGAAACCAGAAUAAUUAUACUAAUAAGUUCUUUGAAGUUGCUCAAGAGAUUGCACAUAGUUGGUAUCUUUAUGGAAGAGGGGAUGCUGAAAUUCUGAUGGAUUCAGA